GUCCACAGCGACAAGCACCGGGACCGAGCGCGAGGACGAUCGUCGAUCGCGGGGCACACGCGCAUCGCGCGCAGAUCACCACCACGACGAUCGACGACGGUAUGAAGGAAGCACACACCACGACCGAAGGCGCGAGGAGGACGACGACUGGCGAUCACACGCAUCGUACGCGUCGCAUGCGACGCAUUAUGAGCGGAGGCCACACCGCGAUGGCCGACGGCGCGACGCACGGCGACACGAGGGAUGCCACGAUCGUGAUGAACAAGUGGACGAGAGGGCAAGUACACGGUCAAAAAUAGUAAUGCCCACGUUCACAGGGACGGAUCCAGACGCAUGGUUGAGUCGAGCUGUGCAAUUUUUUGAGAUCAAUGAUGUGCCAAGGUACGAAAGGGUUCAAAUUGCUGCUUAUCAUCUUGAUGGAGAAGCAAACGUAUGGUGGCAAUGGGUGAUGCACAAGAACCAUGGCGAGCACAUGCGUUGGAGGGAUUUCGAAAAAGAGCUCAUCACAAGGUUCGGCUCAAGUGACUACCACGAUUACAAUGAAGCCUUGUCGAGAAUCAAGCAAGUCAGAAGUCUGAGGGAGUAUCAAAAGGAGUUCGAGCGCAUUGCUAGUAGAGUGAGGGAUUGGCCUGAGAGUGCACUAGUAGGGACGUUCGUUGGAGGGCUUAAAGCCGAACUAGCAGCCGAGGUGAGAUUGGACAGGCCAGGAUCGAUGCGAGCAGCUAUAGAGUCGGCUAGACUGCACGAAGAUCAUCUCAUGGCAGUACGCAAGGCGAAGCCAAGCGACGUGCGAACAGAGACCAAGCGCACGAACGCUACGACUGAGGAGCUAACGGCGCGAACCGAAGGCAAGCCGUUGGGCGAGGUUGUUCGAAUGACAAGCAACAUAAGGCGGCUUACUGACGAAGAGAUGCAGCGACGACGAGAAAAAGGCCUUUGCUAUUCGUGCAAUGAAAAAUUCACACCAGGUCACAA